AGUCUCCCCAACCUCGGCUAGCGCCAAUCACACGGACGGACUUCCAUUUCCAACUCGCUCGUUUCUCUGCCUGCCUGCCUGCCUUUGACGCGCACCCGCCACCAGCACGCGAGACUGACCCGGCCGACGCAGCCUUGAACCGGGGCGGGGAGCCUCUGAGCUUGCGUCGUGUGUGGUGUGCGAGCCAAGAGAUAUAUGAGAUCCCCAUCCAACGGCCGCGCCCCAACCAGCGGUGGAGGUGCGGCAGCAGGGGACGACGACUUCGCCUUCUACUACUCCUUCCUCCAGGACGCCGCGGUGCCGUCGCCGCUCGCAUUCGACGCCGACGCCGUCGCCGUCGCGAUGCCCAACGGCCGGCGCCGGAAGCAGCGUGCGGGUGAUGGCGGUGGAGGAGGCGCUGGGAACGACGACGACGCUGGUGCCAAGAAGGACAGUAGGAAGCGCUCCAUCGCCAAGAUACUCACCUCGCUGGCCUCGCUGGAGGCGGAGGAGCACGCCGAGCGCGCGGUUGCCGCGGACGCGUCGAGGCGGGAGCUCGCGCUGCUCGAGUCCAACGCCGACACCAAGUCGCAGGCCAUGAUUGACUACCACGCCAAGAUGGAGGGCAGCUUCAACGCCGCCGCGGAGACCGAGGCCGCCUACAGGUCCAAGCGCUCCAGGCUCGUGGCAUCGGCGGCCGCGGCGGCCGUUGUGGCCGGCGAGGAGGCCACGGCGGCGACGGCGUCGGGCUCGCCGACGCGCGCAGCGGGGCACCACCAGCGGCGGCUGUGGGUGAAGGACCGGUCGCGCGCCUGGUGGGACAAGUGUAACAGCGCCGACUACCCGGAGCAGGAGUUCCGGCGCGCGUUCCGGAUGGGGCGGGAGACGUUCGACAUGAUCUGCGACGCGCUGGGCUCCGCGGUGGCCAAGGAGGACACCAUGCUCCGCGCCGCCAUCCCCGUGCGCCAGCGCGUCGCCGUCUGCAUCUGGCGCCUCGCCACGGGGGAGCCGCUCCGCCUCGUCUCCAAGCGCUUCGGCCUCGGCAUCUCCACCUGCCACAAGCUCGUCCUCGAGGUCUGCGCCGCCAUCAAGUCCGUGCUCAUGCCACGCUUCCUCCAGUGGCCGGACGAGGACGCCGCGGCGCGAUUCAAGGCGAGCUUCGAGCGGACCUCGGGCGUGCCGGGCGUCAUCGGCGCCAUGUACACCACCCACAUCCCCAUCAUCGCGCCCAAGAUCUCGGUGGCCGCCUACUUCAACCGCCGCCACACGGAGCGCAACCAGAAGACUUCCUACUCCAUCACGCUCCAGGGCGUGGUCGGCCCCAACGGCGCCUUCACCGACGUGUGCAUCGGGUGGCCGGGCUCCAUGCCGGAUGACCAGGUCCUCGAGAAGUCGAUGCUCCACCAGCGCGCGGCGGCGGGGAUGAUGCACGAGGCGUGGCUCGUCGGCGGCGCGAGCUACCCGCUCAUGGACUGGGUGCUGGUGCCGUACACGCACCAGAACCUGACGUGGACGCAGCACGCGUUCAACGAGAAGGUGGGCGACCUCCGGCGCGUGGCGGUGGACGCCUUCGCGCGGCUCAAGGCGCGUUGGGCGUGCCUGCAGAAGCGCACGGAGGUGAAGCUGCAGGACCUCCCCGUGGUGCUGGGCGCCUGCUGCGUGCUGCACAACAUCUGCGAGCUGCGCGGCGAGGAGGUGGACCCGGACAUCCGGUGCGACCUCGUGGACGACGAGACCACGCCGGAGAACCCCGUGCGCUCCGAGGCCGCCAAGUGCGCCAGGGACAACAUCGCGCACAACCUCCUCCACCACGGGCUCGCCGGCACCACAUUCUUCUGAUCACUCUCCCUCUUCCUGCCUCGAGCGGUUUCUUUGGUACAAAUUGAACUGGAACGAGUAGCGAUUCUUUUAGCCUAGAAGAUUUUGGUAGGAUUGCUGCUGUUAGCAUGCAGAUCAAUCACAAUCACUUGAUUGAUCUAUAUGGGAAACAAACACAAGACAGUGUGGUGUAAUUAAAGCGAUGUGAUGUAAACAUCUUGUGGAAAAUUUGGGCAGCUGUUGUUCCAAGCUCCAUUGUUGCAAGAUACUUAUGUGUACAGUUCAAUUUGCAUAAAAAGAAGCUGAGAGAGAAGAUUAAUUUGAGGAACAUUUCAUUUCA